CUUAAUGUGACUGAGGUCUGCAGUCGGAACUUUAAAGUGUGACAUCCAGCCGUCGCUUUGUCUUGUGGCGGUGCAGAUAAUUCAUUUAACCUGUAAUUAAGCAACAAUGUCUUCAGUUGAGAAUUUGAGAGAGUUUGUCAACGAGCGACUAUCUGCUGCUGCUGAAGAAAUAUUCGGAGUUUUUAGAAGAACCGUCGUCGAGUCCCAGGAAGAGAUCGACCGGCAGCGCAGACUGUUGGAUGUUUUUUGGAAACCCGAAGUGAGGUUACACAGGAUAGAGCUCCCACAGUCACGUGUCUGUAAGGAGGAGGAGCUUCUCUCUGACCAGCAGCUCUGUCUCCAGGAGAGGAAGCCCAGUCUGGACCAAGAGGACCCAGAUCCUCCAGAGAUUAAAGAGGAACAGGAGGAACUCUGCACCAGUCCAGAGGGAGAGCAGCUUGAACCGAAGCAGGAGGCCUUUACGUUGACUCCUACUUGUGAGGAAAGAGGCCACGGUGAAGAUCAACUUCUGGACUCGUGUACUGAUGAAACUGAGAGUGUGGUACAGGAAACAUCUCUAGAAUACAUUUCAGUUGAAAGCACCGCUGUAGUUGAACUAAACAAUGACCACCAGCUUCUCUCUCACAAUCCUCAUGAAUCUGAUGGCCGAGAUCAGAAAGGAGUAAAACUUAGUUUAACAUCAAACAAGGAACCAGCUCCUCCGAGUGAGAAGCCGUUUUUGUGCAGAGAUUGUGGGAAAUACUUUCAACAUAGAAAUAGCUUGUUGGCCCACAAGAGAAGAUCCCACAGUGUUGAUGAACCAUAUGUAUGCAACACCUGUGGGAAAAGAUUCAUUCAUAAAUUAGCAUUUGAAACUCAUGAAAGACUCCAUAGUGAUGAGAAAGCAUUUUCUUGCAAAACACGUGGAAAAGAAUUCAAAUGUAGUAGUGACUUAAAAGUCCACAUGAAGCUUUGCAUUGGGAAAAGGCCGUAUUCCUGCACCACCUGUGGGAAAACAUUCACUAACACAUCGAAUUUGAAAUGUCAUUUAAGAAUUCAUAGUGGGGAGAAGCCAUAUUCUUGCAUCACAUGUGGGAAAACAUUCACUCACCCAUCAGUAUUGAACCGUCAUAUACGAAUACACACAGGGGAAAGGCCACAUUCCUGCAUCAUCUGUGGGAAAACAUUCAAUCAGACAUCGGCAUUGAACCGUCAUAUACGAAUACACACAGGGGAAAGGCCACAUUAUUGUAGCACCUGUGGGAAAACAUUCGCUCAGCCAUCAAAGUUGAAGUCUCAUAUAUUAAUUCAUAGUGGGGAGAGGCCAUAUUCCUGCAUCACCUGCGGGAAAACAUUCACUCAGUCAUCACGUUUGAAGCGUCAUAUAAUAAUCCACACUGGGGAGAGGCCAUAUUCCUAAAAUCAUUCACCCAGAAAUCACUACUGAAGUUUCAUACAAGAAUCCACACUGGGGAAAGGCCCUAUUCUUGCAAUACAUUCACUCACAGAGCACAUUUGGAGUCUCGUAAGAAUUCGUAAUGGGGAGAAGCCAUAUUCCUGUAAAAAUAUGUGAAAGAGGUUUCAGGAGUUCCAGUAACUUAACUGUCCACAUGAAAAGAACCCACGAGGGUGAGACGUCAUACAGUAAAUAUUCAGAACAAUUUUUAAGAUUGAAAAGGCGUUGAAGCUUUCUA